UUGAACUGACUUGUGGUACCCACACGUAGGUAGGAGCGUGGGCCAGCUGACAUACAGUGUUUAACGGAGAGUUAACAGAAAAUGUACUGAAAUGUACCCAAAACACAAGUUAUAGGGUCGGUUUGUGUCAUUUUUCAAGUUUAUGUAGUUUAUGUAUGAAUCUGUACAUCGAGUGCAAGUUUAUGUAUCAAAAAUGUAAUUAACUCUUACCUUUACAUGAACAAACUUUUUUCCUCUGGUGAAAAAACUCAAGGAGUCUCCUAGAUCAUGUUCACUGUGAGGAAAGCACCGUGUUGAUGAUAGGCCACGAAGAUAUAAUGAUUUACCGCGUUUCUGUUUUGAAAAGUUAGAAGAAUUUGGUACUGUACUGUUAGCAUACAGGUACAGGAGCGAUUUCUUGGCACCACCGCCGCAUCAACCUUUGCUGAAGACUACGACGGUAAGGUGAAGCUAACGCUUGGAUCUCGUUCUUUGAUCAGUCUUACUACGUCUCAGUCGAUUGAAAGACUUGUGUUCAUAAAGAACUUAACAUCAAGAUCCGUACAAUUUCUUCUUUGAUUCUUUCGUGCAUAGGCUGGUCUCAACAAGAAAACCAACGAAAAAAACGGGAUCGAUCCGGAACGAGUUACGAGAUCUUCUUUCACAUAGUAUGGUAGGUAUAUUGGGACGGACUCGCCCUCAGAUCGAUUGCUCCGUUUAAAGAGGACGUAUCCCACGAGGCCACGACGAUGGCCGCAUCGGGAGGCUCUUGCGGCGGGUGCGCGUGGCCGGACCUCCAGCCGGAGAUGUUGGGCGUCGUGCUCUCGCGGGUGCCGUCGCACGCCGACCGCGUCCGCCUCGCCGCCGUCUGCCGCCCAUGGCGUUCCACCGCGCGGCUGCUGCGUCCUCUUCCUCGUGCACGGCGACGGCAGGCUCUCGCGGGGGAGCUGCUACCCCCGCUGCUCCCGUGGCUCGCCCUCUGCGAUGGCACCUUCCUCAGCCUCCCCGACGGCGCCGUGCACCGCCUGCCCGUCGCGGAUGACGCCUCGAGCCGAGUCUCCACCGGCAGCGCGCUCUUCCUCGUGCACGGCGACGGCAGGUGCUGCCUGAUGAACCCUUCCCCCGUGACGACGAGCCCCGUCCCCGAGGCCGCCGACUGGUUCCGAGAAAACCCGACCGUCCGGAAGGUGUUAAUGUCCGACCACCUCGUCGCCGCCCUGGUGAAGUCCAAUGAGCGCAAGAUCAACAGCUCCACGACCACGAAAAUCAUCAUCUCCACUCGUGGGCAGCCGGACGCGGAUUUUUACAGCUCAGAUUUCUGGACACCCCUUAUCCUUAUCCUCCAACAUUGCUUUAAGAUCCGUGCAUUGGACACCAUGAGGUGCUCCACGACGGAGUGGGCGGCGCCUGAAGACAGCUGCGUCAGCGACAUCGCGCUAUUCAAAGGAAAGCUCUACGUCCUCCUCGACACACAAGACGGGGAAUACGGACAGCAGCAUGAGCUUCGUGUCCUGGACGACGGCCGCGAGCAGACAGCCAUCCCCGGCACCCGAAUCCACGGGCACGAAUCGUUUAACGCUUACGCGACUGACAUGUAUGUGCAGCGGAACUAUCUCGUCGUCUCCGGCGACCGGCUGCUAAUGGUGGAACGAAGGAUCUACCAGCCGCCGAUGCUCCCGGUAGACUCGGGGAUUGAGAAGCGGACUCGUCUCUUCAAGGUCUUCGAGGCAACGGACCUGAGCAUCGGCCGUGGGCUCUGGACCGAGGUCGAUACGUUGAUGGGGCGCGCGCUCUUUGUCAGCGGAGGCUGCUCGCAGUCUCUCCCUGCCGGGGGUCAAUCUAGCGGCGUCGGAGCUCGAGAAGAUUGCAUCUACUUUGUAAACGAGGAUCACGCAGAUACAGACAUCUCCGACUUCGAGGAGGAAAUCUGUGAGAAUCCCUUUCUAGACUCUGGCGUGUACAACAUGGGAGAUCACACAAUGACGCCGUUGCCGUCGGAGGCUGUUGCGGCGCCCGCUGCCGGCGACGGUCCAUGGUCUCCGACUUGGCUUUUUCCAGAGACCUGA